AUGGAGCUCAACAGCUCUCUGGAGGUCGAUCGGUUCGGGGAAGCAGUCAAGUUUGUUGGUCAACGCCACGAGGCGUUAAGAACGCGAUUCGUACAUGGAGACGGUUUUGAUGCGCCAAUGCAACAUGUCCUUGUUCACUUGACUUUGAGCUUGGAGCAACAAGACGUAACCAGCGACGCCGAGGCGAACGAGGUGUACCGCAAAUUGCAAAAAUACAGAUACAAGCUGGGCGAGGGCGAGAACAUGAGGAUCAUACUUGUCAGAAAGCCAGACCAAUCAUUCCACCUUGUUAUGGGAUACCAUCACAUAAACAUGGAUGGCGUCAGUCUUGAAGUGGUGCUCGGCGAAUUGCAAAUGGCAUACGAUUCAAAAAGACUCCCAAGCUUUGAUACCAUCCUCCAAUAUCCAGAUUUUGCGGCGCUACAGCGGAUUGAAUACAAAUCUGGAGCAUGGCAAGACGAAAUCGAAUUUUGGAGGAAGCAGUUUGAUGGUCGUCCGCCCUCUAUCCUCCCACUCUUGCCUCUGACCAAGACUCGAUCCCGCACGGCGCUCACAUCCUACUCGAGCCACACUGUGGAAUUCAGCCUGGGCCAGACAGCACUCGCUGGCAUCCAGUCUGCUUACGAAUCUUCCAAGGCCACCCCGUUCCAAUUCCAUCUCGCCACCUUUUAUGAUUUGUUAUCCCGAAUGCUGGAUGCGGCGGAUAUCCGAUCGGCAUCGGCUCGGCGAAUAGGCACGAUACCACCAUAA